AUUUAUAAUUUAUUUUACAGAUAUUGAAGAUGAGUAUGCAAUUUUUUUAUGAAGAUGGACAAGGGCACGUAGUUGAUGAGAAUGGAGUUGAGCCGAUGGAUGUUGUUGUGGAUGAGAAGCUAUUCGCUAUUGAAACAAUAAGUUCUCGUACUCAGUUCCUAAUGAAUAAACCUUCGGAAAGGCCUAAUCCUGUAAUGCAUCCAGUUAUGGAUAAGAGGAAUAGUGAAGAUAUUGAUAUAGAACUAUGCAACAAGCGACGCUAUACGGUUUACUCUGAUGAAGACAAGACUAGAUUUUUCAUUUAUUUUUUAGCAAAUGCUUGAAAGCUUCUGCUGCUGCAAGGCAAUUAGGUAUUCAUAUUCGAGUAGCACAGAGAUGGGUCAAACGUUAUUACGAGGACCCUGAAAGCAUCUUUGAGAAGAAAAAUAAGUCAGGUUGGCAUCGGAUUCUUGGGGAAGAGCAUAAACAGUUUCUUUUAAAUAAUAUUGAUGAG